UUCUCCGUUGAAUAAUCGGUAAAUCUAUGGUAAUAACGAAGAAACCUAAUAUCGAUUUGCUCGUCGCACUGUUAUGACGUCAGGAGGUCAAAAUUGAGCUGUUAGGAAACACGCUUGUGUAACUGUGACAACACGUCCACGGUAACAGCCGUUUGCAGCUAACCCCGAAGCCGCAUCCCUCUUCAGCAGCACGACAGGAGCAGCUCGGCGCCGGCGGGACUCAAAAAGAUGUUGCUCUCUUCAGUGCGGACCGCGAUGUACUGCGGCUGCAGAAGCGCCAGCAAGGGCUUCCAACACGGCAAUCGCAGUCCACAGCUACGACAGUGGCUCGUGAAGAGAGGUCAGAGUACCAUUGCGACAGAAGCGGGGGUCUCCUCUGUCCAGGCGGCAGCUUCUGUCCCAAGUGCAGCAACAAAUCGCAUACUAGGUCGCUGGUUACUAGGCUGCAGCGGGCUGGUGGUCGGGGCCGUGGUCUUGGGCGGUGUCACCAGGCUAACAGAAUCUGGGCUUUCCAUGGUUGACUGGCAUCUGGUGAGAGAGAUGAAGCCACCUCAGACUCAAGCAGAGUGGGAGGCUGAGUUUUCCAAGUACCAACAGUUUCCUGAAUUCAAAAUAUUGAACCAUGGAAUGACUUUGCCAGAGUUUAAGUUUAUCUUCUACAUGGAGUGGGGUCAUCGCAUGUGGGGCAGACUGGUCGGACUUGCAUACAUCCUCCCCACUAUGUACUUCUGGAGGAAAGGAUACUUCACUCGCUCCAUGAAGGGAAAAGUGCUGGGGCUCUGCGGAUUUGUCUUCUUCCAGGGCCUUCUAGGGUGGUACAUGGUAAAAAGCGGUCUGGAGGAAAAGCCGGAGUCUUACGACAUCCCGCGGGUCAGCCAGUAUCGGCUGAGUGCUCACCUCGGUUCUGCCUUGCUACUCUACUGCGCCAGUCUCUGGACAGGGCUCACUCUGCUGCUGCCUCCUCACAAGAUGGCCCAAACCAGACGUCUCAUGCAGCUCAGGAGGUUCGCAAAGGGCACUGGUGGACUUGUCUUCCUCACCGCUCUUUCAGGUGCUUUUGUUGCGGGUUUGGAUGCCGGGCUGGUGUAUAACUCCUUCCCUAAGAUGGGAGAACGAUGGAUCCCUGAUGAUCUGCUGGCCUUUUCUCCCACCCUCAAGAACUUAUUUGAAAAUCCCACAACUGUGCAGUUUGACCACAGAAUUUUGGCGAUCUCUUCUUUGACUGCAAUUACAGGCCUCUAUCUGUUCUCAAGGAGGAUGGUGCUGCCCAGGAGGGCAAAGGUCGCCAUCAACCUCCUUGCGGCAAUGGCUUAUGCACAGGUUGCCCUCGGUAUCAGCACCCUGCUACUGUAUGUCCCCACUCCACUGGCAGCGACUCACCAGUCUGGCUCUGUGGCUCUUCUCUCGCUUGCCAUUUGGGUUUUGGCAGAGCUCCGCAAAAUGCCGAAGUAAAUGCCUGCUCCUUUUUAUGUUUUUUUGUUUUUGACAAAUCCAACCCCCACUAGCCCCAGCUAAAUCUUCCAAGAGUCAGUGUGAAACUGUGAACAAGGCAUUUGAUAACAAAACAGAAGUGAUUUUCAUUUAACACUUGACUUUUAUGCAUAUGCUGAAGCAUCUGUCUGGCGGUGCUGCAAAGUAGUCCUCACAUGGGCGCAGUGAAUUAUUUCAGCUGUCACACAAUUUGUCAUUGGAAGAUGUAAACAUGAUGUGAGGUGUUUUGUUUUGCAAGGAAUUACACAAAGAGAUGCAAAAGCAAAAACAAGCAAUUUUUGUUUUCAGUUUCUGUCCAGCUUUAAUUACACAGCAACAUGAUUUCCAGUUAAGGGUACAUAUUUGGUUUGCAGUAAAGUAGACUGAAUUACUGUUUUUGUUCAUAUACACACACGUUUGAAUUAAAAUCCUGUCACUGAUUUCUUACUCACCUGUUGCCUUGUGUCUGCUCAUACACUGCCUGUUAGAUGUAUUGGAUGUGGCUUUUGAGAUUAUGUACAAUUGUGUAUAUUUAAAUUAUGAACCCAUUUAACGCUGUCACUGAUGAUGGAUUGUUAAAUAUGUUGGAAGUUUAAAAAUAUGUGGAAUCUUGAUUAUUGCUUUGUACUGUAUAUUUACACCUGUAAAGAUGUCUUAUUUUAAUAAAGACAAUUAUGCAAAGUCCUUCAAA